UUUCUUCUGGAAGCUUCGGAGUUUAGACCGGUUUACCCACAGUGCACCGCGGCGCUUCCCUUUCUUCUCAGAUUGUACAGGGUCCAAAAUGUCGCUCCUGGACGGUCCCCUAAACGUGCUCGGACAGAGGAUAACCGGCGAGUCCGUCCGCACGCAGAAUGUCAUGGCUGCAGCAUCCAUCGCCAACAUCGUCAAAAGCUCCCUGGGACCAGUCGGUCUUGACAAGAUGUUGGUGGAUGACAUUGGGGACGUGACCAUCACAAACGACGGGGCGACCAUCCUGAAGCUGCUGGAGGUUGAGCACCCGGCGGCUAAAGUUCUGUGUGAACUCGCCGACCUGCAGGACAAGGAGGUCGGGGACGGGACCACCUCUGUGGUGAUUCUGGCGGCAGAGCUGCUGAAGAGCGCAGACGAGCUGGUCAAACAGAGGAUCCACCCCACGUCGGUCAUCAGUGGAUAUCGUCUGGCGUGCAAGGAAGCUGUGCGCUACAUAAACGAGAACCUCACAAUCGCAGCAGAUGAACUGGGCAGAGAAUGUUUAAUCAACGCAGCAAAGACGUCCAUGUCCUCAAAAAUCAUCGGAGUUGAUUCAGACUUCUUCUCAGACAUAGUGGUGGACGCUGCCAUGGCGGUGAAGUUCACAGACGGCAGAGGCAUGGCCAAGUACCCCAUCAACUCCGUGAACGUGCUCAAGGCCCACGGGCGCAGCCAGAAGGAGAGCUUCCUGGUCAACGGAUACGCCCUCAACUGCACCGUGGGGUCACAAGGGAUGGUGAAGCGUGUGGUGAACGCUAAAAUCGCCUGUCUGGACUUCAGCCUGCAGAAGACCAAGAUGAAGAUGGGCGUCCAGGUCAUCAUCAACGACCCCGAGAAGCUCGACCUCAUCAGACAGAGAGAGUCCGACAUCACCAAGGAGAGAAUCCAGAAGAUCCUGGCGACGGGUGCCAACGUGGUCCUGACCACCGGGGGCAUCGACGACAUGUGCCUCAAGUACUUCGUGGACGUGGGCGCCAUGGCGGUGAGGCGGGUGCUGAAGAGGGACCUGAAACGCAUCGCCAAGGCCACGGGAGCCACCGUGUGCUCGUCCCUGAGUAACCUGGAGGGGGAGGAGACGUUUGAGGCCACCAUGCUGGGCCAGGCCGAGGAGGUGGUCCAGGAGAGGAUCUGUGACGACGAGCUCAUCCUCAUUAAGAAUACCAAAGCGCGCACGUCCGCCUCCAUCGUGCUGCGCGGGGCCAAUGACUUCAUGUGUGACGAGAUGGAGCGCUCGGUUCACGACGCCCUGUGUGUGGUCAAGAGGGUGCUGGAGUCCAAGUCUGUGGUGCCAGGAGGGGGCGCUGUGGAGGCCGCUCUGUCCAUCUACCUGGAGAACUACGCCACUAGUAUGGGCUCCAGAGAGCAGCUGGCCAUCGCAGAGUUCGCCCGCUCCCUCCUCGUCAUCCCCAAGACUCUGGCCGUGAACGCCGCUCAGGACUCCACUGACCUGGUGGCCAAACUCCGAGCCUUCCACAACGAGGCGCAGGUCAACCCGGAGCGCAAGAACCUCAAGUGGAUCGGCCUGGACCUGAUCAACGGCAAACCGCGCGACAACAAGCAGGCGGGCGUCUACGAGCCCACCAUGGUCAAGACCAAGAGCCUCAAGUUCGCCACCGAGGCCGCCAUCACCAUCCUCCGCAUCGACGACCUCAUCAAGCUCUUCCCCGAGCCCAAGGAGGGAGGCGGCUCGUACAGGGAUGCCCUGCAGUCCGGCUCCCUGGAGGGCUGAAGUCCAAGUCCGGUCUUAGGUCCUGUUUCGUUUCUGUAUCUGUAUUUAUACAUCUGUAGUGUUCGCUCCGCACUUGCCUGUUUACUGAUGAUCUGUUGCUCUCACUCAGACUGUAAGAGAUUUUUGUUUAGGACGUUUAAGAAAAUAAAAGCCCCAACGGUUGUGAACGACCGUUGGAAAUGACUGAA